UCAGCUUAACGUAUGUACGCAGUUUCCUCCCUCUGUGUCGCUGGUUUUUUACUGCAAAGCGUUCGAAUCGAACUUUAUUCUACAUUUAUCAUAGAACUGUAAGCACUAUUUCGUUGAUUUUGUGUUUGUGUCGUUCAAAAGUGCGUGCGAGGUAUACAGCCUGAAGAUGGAGAAGCAAGAUCUGGAGUCAGGGAAGAAAUUGGUCCCUGAAACUGGAGUCGCUAAUUCCAAAGACAUCGAAGUCAAAUUUGUUCCUCCAGACCCGCGGAAUGGUGAUGCUAAAGUUGAUAUCGAAAAUCUGAAAUGUGUCUUCACAGGCAUGGGCAAAGAGGAGCUGAUGAAAUAUGCUGAUGACCCAUUUUGGGUCCGCCUUCGAUGGUUCCUCUUUAUUCUUUUCUGGGCCAUCUGGAUUGCAAUGUUAGUAGGAGCCAUAGGUAUCAUUGCUUAUGCUCCCAAGUGUUCAUCCGUAACCAAGUCUGAGUGGGAAUUAAGUCCCAUUUUCAAGAUCAACGUCAGAACUUAUGGCAACGGCAAGCUGAAAGAUUUGGAGAGCAAGUUGGAUUACAUCAAAAGUCUAGGAGUCAGCAAUUUAGUCCUUUCCUCCGUUUUCAAAUCAACCUCCAAAGUCGAAGCUGCCGAUUAUGUUGAAGAUUUUGAGUCGGUUGAUCCUUCAGUUGGAACCCCUGCUGAUUUUGAUGCUCUCCUCAAAGCAGCCAAGGAUAAAGGUUUGAAAGUGCAACUGGCAUUAGUACCAAACCAUUCCAGUAACAAGCAUCCAUUCUUUGAGAAAUCUGUGAAGAGAGAGGUAUCCUUUGCUGACUAUUAUGUUUGGAGACCGCAGAAUGGAACUAACUCAGCUGGAGAUCCUCAGCCCCCCAACAAUCAGUUAAGUGUAAAUGGAGGCUCAGCAUGGACAUGGAAUGAUGCCCGCAAGGAAUUUUAUUUCCAUCAGUUCAAAGCGGAUCAGCCUGAUUUUAACUUUGGAUACCCAGGCAUUGUCGAGUAUUUCAAGAGUGUUUUUGGAUUGUGGUCAGCAAAAGGUCUUAGCGGCUUCAGCUUGGAAAAAGUCCAGUACUUAAUCACCGAUCCUGGAUUUAGCAGUGAUUCAUCGAAGAUCACCGGGACCGACCUCUUGACCCUCAAGUCUCGACAACUUGUGAACAUUCUACAAAGCUGGGAAAAAAGUGUUUCCAAUUAUUCUAGUGUCUUGACUGUCGAUGGUCUCAUCAGUAAAUCAGGCGAUACAGUGACUCUAGUCUCACGCCCCCCUGCUCUGAAUGACGUUUUCACUGCUGCCAACUUACAUGAAGUUGUAAAUUCCUAUCUCAGCCACUCAUCUUGGCCUGUCUGGCAGUUUUCGUGCACAAAAUCUGCUAAAUUGGAAGAGUGCUGGAAGCCAAAUGUGAAGAAUGCUCUGCAGAUGGUUUCAAUACUUCUUCCAGGAACACCCAUCAUAAAUGCUGGUGAUGAGCUGAGUGGUGGUCUCAUCCGACCGGAACAUGGUCUUCCGGUCACUGUUUCAGACACUACUCCCCCUCCGGCAGUGAGCAAUGGAAGUCCCAAACUAGUUGAAGCAGGCAGCACUAAACAAAUUCUUCAGAAACUCGUAGAAAUUCGAAGCCUGCCUGCAUUUGCACAAGGAAUCUCUGAAGCAAAAGUGCUUCAUGACCGAUUGUUUGCCUUCACUAGAAUAAAGAGAGGUAGCCUCAGUUUUUUGGUAGCAUUUAAUCCCACCGAUGAAACAGUUUUUGCUGAUUUCUCUGAAAUGAAGAGCAUUCCCUCUGACCUGACUGUGGAGGUUUGGUCUCGACUGCUUUCACCGUUUCCUAUCAAAUUGACCGACACGAUUAGAAGUAAUGCUGCGAUAAUACCCCCGGAAACAGCUCUUCUUGUUUCUUUCAUGCCACAAGUGUAAACACCACUCCACAUUUUUGCCUCGCCAUGUGUAACCAAGACAAUAAUGAACCUCUCAUGAGUCAUCGGUUGUGCUCCACAUAUAUUAUGUAUCCUGACAUUUUAUUCAUAGCUAUCAUCGAUUUUUUUCUUGCAUUUAAUUUUUGCCAUUAAUUGAUUAAAAGGAUUGCAUUUAAAUUUCAA